GCAAUAUUUGUCUCGGCAGAGCAGAAAGACUGAGUGAAACAGGUUUAUUUAAAAUGAAGGAAAUAUUCAUAUUUGAAGGUAAGUUAUCUUUGAUUAGUGCAGCUUUAAUUGCGUGUAUAGGAACCUACUCUGAUUCAUUUGCCUCUGUGAUGAGAGUUGUAGUCCACAUCAGCCUGAAGAGAAAUCGCUCGGUGUCUAGUCCAAUGUAUGUCUGUUGCUAUGAUCAAAAGCUAUUAAAACAGUAUGCAGCAAUUGAUUUAAUUGUGUGAAUGUUUAUGUUGUCCGUUCUGAAUAAAUUGUAUGUGCAGACACAGGAAGGUCGUAAUAUAUUUCUAGGGACAUUUAUCUAAGAUUUAUAGAACAGGGGAGAGGAGGGGAGGGAAAGGAAACAAGAAAUCACUGCAGUACAGAGUACAAUGACAUCUUCCAUAAGUUGCUGAAGUUAGAUAAAUGUGCCACCAGCAUUAGGUUUCCAAUGGGUGUAUUUUCAAAGGUGUUUCAAUUUAGGCGUUUAAUAUAAAGAUGGUAGCAAACUGUGUAUUUACCAAGAGAUCACACUCACGGGAAGGCACAGGAAGAGCUGGAUCUGAAUUUUACUACAGUAUAUCAGCCAAAAAUACGGAAGACAUAUCCUUUAGUACCUUAAGUUAAGUUCCCUAUUCAUUCCAUAUUACAAAUCACUAACAAACCCCAAAACCCUGCAAAGGAAUCAAGGUAAUAAUAUAAUUUAUUAUAAUGAUAAACCUAAAAUAUUAUGUAUCUGCUAGAUUCUUGAUAUAUUUAUAGAAUAUAAAACCCAUCUAAACCUCUUCAUCCUUACGAGUAUUUUUGAACAUGUAGUUACUGCUUGCUCAGCGAAAUAGCUUGGUCAUAUGAAUGUUCUCUGAAAUGGAAAGUGAGCAAAAUGCAUGAGCCUUCGCCUGCAAUCUAACGUAAACAAACUGCAAACCCUUUCAAUAAUAUACAUCAGCUCUUGAAAACUAUCGGUGGAACAUUCUUGUUGCCAAGCAAAGAAUAUUAGAAAAUAAUUGGACUGCCAGUAUAUCAAGUGACUCUACUACUUGAAUCAAAUUUAUAUCAUUAUUUUUCUGAUAAAUUUUAGUUGUCAUAGUCUGGCAUUAUGCCCGGGCUGCUUUUGAAGACUAAUGGUUAUAGAAUCCUUUAAACUAUGAUUUUAGACAAGAAUUUCUUGCUUAAACCCUGAGUGUGAAUUAACCGUAGGAAAGAUUCUUUUUUUAAAAUUUUGUUAUGAAUUAAAGGUCAGUACAUACAUUUAUAAGAAACAUAGAGAGAAGCAAAAAGGUUUGUUACAGUACAUUAUAGUACAGGCUCUGCGUGUGGGCACGCUCAUGAACUGGCUUUGGACUAUGAGAGGAUCAUGACUUCACUAAGAUACAGUUAGGGGGUUUGUGUGUUGUGUGCCCCAUGUCUGGCACAUAUUUAUGGUAAGCUCAUUUCACAAGACAUGUUGGCAAGAAUGUUUGCGAUCUGUUGGGUGGGUUUGACCUCGGCCUUGUCUCGGGAUGGCCCCUUUGAGGGUUUCUUAUUGUUUCAGUUGUGAGUAUGUAGUCCCUAGUUGUCAGGGUCUGUCUAAGGGUGGGUUGGUUCGUGAGUCUAGACUGCAGUUGAGUCGCUAUUGGGUUAGGGCAUUUGGUUGCCAAUGCCUUGUCCUAUCCGGGUACAUGUCUGAUCGUGAUAUGGUGGUAGUCCUUAGUUUGGCCUUAGAUCUUUAGUCCUUAUAUUCUGUUUCUUGCCCGGAAGCCUGAUAGAAAGGGAUAGUAGGGGUAAGAAUAUGCAUUAAGAAGGUUAGUGGGUCUUUACAGGCUAAGAGAGUAGAAGUAUGAGUAUCGUUAGUAGGAAGGAGUAGUUGACGGCUCCAAUGUGGAGUGUGGCCGUCCUUUAUUUCUCGUGGUCCCGCUCCCCCUCCACCCCCUGGAGUUAGUGUUGGAGUGGGAAUGAGGGGCCAGGAUAGGGGAUUUGCAUUGUGUUGCGGGUUGGAGUGGGUGGUAUUAGGUGCCUAGCGUAAGGGAGAAAUUUCAGGGUUGUUGGUCUAGAGAUGCUAGUGGGUUUAUUGCCAAGGUAGGGAGUGUUGCCUGUUAGCCACGGAUCCCAGAUUUUGUGGAAGGUUUUGGGUGUGUCUUGGAUUUGGGAUGUAAGGCUAUCCAUGUCUAUUGAGUCUUGACUCCGAUGACUGUCUAUGUAGGUAGGCGUGUCUUUGACCACACCUCUCCUAUUGCCCUACGUGUGGAAAGAGCCACUCUGACUAUGAGUUUGUUUUCGGCGCGCAUGAAGGGUUCUACAGGUUUGGAGAGCAGUAAGGCCAGUGGAUCCAUGGGGCAUGUUUUUCCGAGAAUUCUGGACAGGAGGGAUGUGAUGGCUUGCCAUGUGGGUUUUAGUAUUGGGCAGGUCCACCAGCAGUGAUAAAAUGUGCCUACCUCACCACACAUUUUCCAACAUAGGUUGGAUGAGGAGCAGUGCAUGAUCGCCAGUCGUUGGGGCGUCAGGGACCACCAGAAUAACAAAUAAGUCCAGGUGGGAAUAGCUUGUUUCUGAGAAUGAGAGUAAUGGGGGACAGGUAUGAAGAGAGAUCGUACCUGUCUCUUAGUUUGUCCCAGAGGUCCAGGGAGUGUGCAAUCGUGGGAGCCAUUGGUAGGGCUAGGGGGCAAUGUUGUCGGGGAAGCCACAUACAUAAUGAUGGGUAGUCCCAUCCAAAGAUGGAAUGUUGACUAUCUACCCAGCGUUUCUUGUUGGGUGGUAGGUGCCAUUGCUGUAUCUGUGCGAGAUGGGCCACGUAAAGAUAGUGCAAGAGGUUAGGUAGUCCAAGUCCUCCCGAUCUUCUGGGUACAUAUAAGGUAUCUCUGCGGAUUCUGGGUCUGGAACUGUUCCAGACAAAUUAAUUCACUGAUACUUGCUGAGCUAUCAGAUCUGCUUUGCGGAACAGGCUAGGGACGGCCUGGACAAUGUAUAAAAAGCGAGGGAGAAGAUUCAUUUUUAUAGAGGCAACACGGCCCAUCCACAAGAUUCCCAGUUUCUCUCAGGUUUUGAGAUCUGUGUAUGUGUUUUGUAAGAGGGUGGUGUAGUUAGCUUGAUAUAGGGUUGUUACAUCAUUAGGGAGUUGUAUCCCCAGAUAUGGUAUUAAGUGUUCGCAUAUGCGUAGGGAAAAUGUGGUUCUGAGUGCAACAUAUUCUUCCUCACCUUGCAGUCUCUGCACCCAGCGGACAUGCGUCAGCAUGACUGAUACUUGUGGCAUGUUAAUGGACGCCGGCCGCUGUGGAUCCACGGCAAAAUAUCACGUGAUUGACGAUGUCGGCGUGCAUGUGACAUCAAGCACGGGCCACGCACGCAUGUUUUGGGGUCAAAGAGCAAUUUCAGCCAAUCAGAAUAAUAAAGCAGGUAUUUUUUUGACAUGUACUUCAUAUUGCACUAUUGAACCAAGUUACAUUUGGUAAGCUUUAUAUGUGUUUGAGCGCUCCACUUAUAGGUGUAGGUCUCUGUCACUUAUACCGCACUGUUUUUUAUGAGAUCUUUAAAUAGUUUUCUAUCACCGUCAGCAGCAUGGUUAUAGACGUUGUGGGAUUUGUCAGGGUGAGGAGGACGUCGUCUACAUAUGCAGAGACUUUGUAUUGUAGUACUCUGAUGUUGACUCCCUCAAUCCCGGGACUGGACCGUAUCACCUCCAGCAAUGGCUCUAGGGAUAAGGCAAAUAGCAGGGGGAAAGUGGGCAUCCCUGUCUCGUCCCGUUCGAGAUAGUGAAUCAUGGUGGCGUUAUGUUGGGUAGAAGUAAUGCACCUUGGGGUUGGUGGUAGGUCACUUUGAUGAAGGAGAUGAAUUCAGGGAGGAAUGCGAGGUGUGAGGGUUUGGAUCAAGAAAGGCCAGAGAAGGCGAUCAAAUGCCUUCUCGGCAUCUAGGGAGAUGAUCGCUGAUGGGAUAUGUCUAUGUUGUGUGUACCAGAUGAUGUUGAUGGCCCUGCGCAUCUUAUCUGCCGCUUACCUGUUGGGUAUGAAUCCUACCUGGUCAGAAUGGAUGAGAGAUUCAAGGUAAGGAUUGAGUCUGUUGGACAAGAUUUUGGUCAUUAUUUUGAGGUCCACAUUUAGUAGUGAUAUUGGGUGGUAGUGUCUCAGGUCGUCGUAUGUCUUGUUGGAUUUUGGUAAGAGGCAUAUGUUUGUUGUUGUCAUGUCCGUGGGGAGUUUGUCGUUUUUCAGUAGUUAGUUGAAUACUUUGCAUAAGGGGGUAAGUAGGGAGGCGCUGAAGGUUUUGUAGUAUAGGGCCACAAAGCCAUCUGGUCCUGGACUCUUAUUGUGUUUGAAUGCACCUAGUGCUUUGGCCAUUUCCUCCACUGUUGCCUCGGCCGCUAGUGUCUCUUUGGCUCGUUCAUGAAGGGAUCAGUGGCUUAGGUCCUUGAGGAAAUUUACUGUGAGGACUUGGUUCUCCGUUGCCUUGGUGGGGUUGAGGGGGAUGUGAUUGUAUAGGUUCUCAAAGUAUCUUUGAAACACUUCCCCCAUCUGUUCUGGGAAGUUACUGAGGGUUUCCUUUGGGGUGCGAACCUGCGAGAUUCGUUUGGAUUCUAUGCAAUGUUUUAGGUGCCGGGAUAGCAUGGAGUCUGCCUUAUUUCCUUUUUCAUAGUAUUUUUGGUUGAGCCACAUUAGGGCUUUUGAGGUAUCGUGCAGGGUCAGUCGCCUUAGGAGAUCCCUGGCGGCAGUCAAGGUGGUUGGUGUUGAGGGUUGUGGGUUCCUCUUGUGAAUAGUCUCCAGCUGGUGUAGGUCCAUCAAGGCUUCUGAGAUUUGUUGGGUACGAUUAGUUUCCCUUGGAUUACUGCUUUGUGGGCUGCCCACAAUGAGGUUGGGGAUUUUGCUGUAGGGGUGUUUAUCUCAAAGUAUGUCUUGAGGUCCAAGUUAAGGGUGUCUACUAUGUUGGUGUCAUGUAGUAGUAGGGGAUUCAGUCUCCAAGACCAAGGGCGGGUCAGAUUGUGUAUGGUUAAGGUUAAAUUGAUGUCCACGUGGUCCUACCAUGUGAUUGUGCCAAUGUCUGCUUUUGUGACUUGUGAUAGGACGUUAGGAGAGAUUAGGGAAAGAUUCUUUUUAAAUUCUGCUUUUUCAAGGUAGGUGAUGAAAAGGAAUAUCCUGCGAAACAUCAAAGAAACAAUAUAUGUACAUGCAAAUAUGCCAUCAGAUACACUUGACUUGAAGAUUUUUAGUUUCAAUAUAAAAAAAAAUUACAUGAAAAAAAAAAUACCUGUACCCAAUAUAGAUUUUUAAUACUUCAAGAGACAUGGACCUCAUCCAGAAUAGCUACAUGAGGGAGGGAGAAAGAAAAAGAAUAGUGGCUACAUGCAUCCAAAUAGCAAUAUUUAUGACAAAUGAGUAGAUACCAAAUUAAAUCAACAAUUGUAUCACAAAGGAUUGAUGCAGGGCAGUCUGAUUGGUUUUGCACUACCAGGAGCACUUAAUCACAGACAGACAAAAUGAGCUAGUUACAUUUUGCCUGCAGUCAUCCUAUCAUUUCAUGUUUCUUAAUAAUGAUUUACAUGGAAGCCUUACAUUGUCCUGCCUCCUUUAUCUUUUAAGUCUCAUGGGAAAAGGAACCUGCUCUUGUGAACAUUCAGGUCAUUCAUCUUUUGUCUUCUUUUCAUAUCCAUAGCAUGCGCAACUAGGAAUUUGUACCUUUACCACAUUUGCAAAUAGACACACGGAUACACAAUUUAACAGGGCUCAAAAUUCCAAUUUGCCACUAGCAAUUGUGAAGAGAAAAUGUAGCCCAGGUGAAUAUAAUCCCAUCUUUAUGAGUGUUAUAUGAAACCUCCAGACUUGCAACGAUGAGCACUUUGUGUUCUGAGCACCAAGAAUACAUGGAUUUAUGAGUCCUAGGCCUGUACCCAGGAAAUUCAGAUAUGUCCAGAUUCAGACUUGAGGGAGGACCAUAAUCUAAGCACCAUAAUCACUACACCCUGCAGAAGUUGUUAUCGUGCCAGCAGAUCUGUGGCUCCACCCUUCUAUUUUGUUGCAAACUAUUUUUAUGUAUAAAUUCCACUAUCACAAUAUCCUGAGGGGCCAGUUCACAGAAGCCCAGGGACAUUGGAUGAUGUUUGAAACAUAACCUGCAAGAGGCACAAUAGUGGUUAUGGUAUUUAGAGUACCCCCCUCAACAUCUUUGGUAAUAGAUCAUGUGACCAUAGGCCUGAGAUAAAUAUUAAGUGUAUGUCACAAAUAUACCAUGUAUGUGCAUGACUUUCUAAUUAGAUUAUAAAAUAUUUGCUCCUUAAAUAGAUGUGUUAUGGUUUAAAGUAUCUCCAUGGCUAUUCCCUAUAAGACUUAUAAUUAACUUCACAUACCAACUGCAGUGCGGUCAACCAAUGACUAUACUCCAAGAAUAUAUAUGUACAAUCAUGAUCAUAUGGUAAGAUAAAUACAUCAAAAAGAAAUAUUGCAUAUACAUUUAUAGCUGGCUGAGUGUCCUCCUCGAUCAGAAUCUAGUCACCAGCAAACUAGUGGGGCAAUGCAAGGUUGGCUACAACACUACAACAGUCCAAGUGGGACCUUGACCUCUAAUAAGGAAGAAAGUCCAGCAGAAGGAUGGAGUCUUUCUAUGGAUGUUUUAUUGAAUAUUAGUAAUGUUGUUGGGUUAGCAUAAUUAGUGCCAGGGUAUUAUCUCCAAAGCACUGUACUCCUAGUGUAUUCUUGAACUGCCAGCAGCCAGUAAGUUUGAACUACAUCAUGCUUUCCCUCUAGAGGACUCAACUAAAACUACAACCAACAUAAAGUAGGAGAAAGAUUUAACCCCUUAAGGACCAUAUUUCUGGAAUAAAAGGGAAUCAUGACAUGUCACACAUGUCAUGUGUCCUUAAGGGGUUAAUAAGGCAAAACAGGUGUUAUUUUUAGUGCAACGAGCUAAGUUCUGUGAGACUUUCUAUUGAUUUCCAUGGUGAUUGCUUUUUAUUUAGCACUUUUCUCUAAAAUAGUAUUUGUCUUUCCUUAAAUAAAUUUCCACCAAGAUCAAAUUAAGCAGCUAAAUGCACUGUAGGAAUGUUCCAAAUAGGGAGUUAACAUGUGACACACAAAACAAGUACAGCAAAUUUGAAAACUAUAUAUAUUUUUAAUAAAUUAGGAUAAAGUUUAACGUUUCAAACAUUUCUUAUGCUGUUGACACAAAGAAUGCAAAAAAAUAAAAUAAAUUAAGGAACCUCAUAUUCCUUUCUCUCUUCCUUCACACUAAUAAAGAUAUUUAAUAAUUUAAUAAUUACUCCACACAUCUAAGCUAGUUAAUCCACGGAGUUUAUUAUGUUAGCAGCAAGAAUGGAGGAUAUAAUUAUUUCCUUUGUAUGUCAUGUGCCAACUGUGGACAAUAUAUGGUUAAAAAUAUAUAUAUAUUGUGAAGAAUAGGCCACACAUCUGUCUACAUUAUGACUGCAUAUGAGUAUUUUUUCUAAUUCUCUUGUGUGAGUGUGUAAAUGCGUGUUGAUGAGUGCUUGUGGAUGUAUGUCAUUGCCAAAGUACCUUGCUUUUUGUUCUUAAACUAUGUAGUCCGUGUAUUCAUGCUCAACUGAAUACCAGCUCUCUAUAAAACUACGAAAACAGCAUAUUCUUUCAGAUAAUGACCUUUGACUUCAGCACGUAUGCAAACUCAUCCACAGUAACCUAAAUGUAAAUGUAAAUGGUUUUCUGUCAAUGCUUGUAGCUCAUAUUGCUGUUUUUUUCGAAGGCAUUCAUUCGGCAUGUUGGAUUCAGUAAAUACAAGUUUCUAGCAUGAUUCAAGUUUGUUAUCUUUGCUACAGAUUUAUUGAUUUAAUACAUAAAUAUUAACUUACAAAAUUGUAUUACUCACUAGAGGAUGGGAACAUUAACAAUUGCCUUCACUUAUAAUCAAUAUCAGCAAAAGUAAAAGCAAAACACUGGUUUGGAAUGAAAUUAUACUUGGAAUGAAAGCACAUCAUACUUGCACGAUGUAUGAUAUAAAAUGUCUGCAUCUUGGGCCAGCUAAAUUGUUCACAACUACAUAGAUACCAUUUUUUUUAUAAAAGAAAGAACUGAGUGCAAAAAUGUUGGAAUCAAAAAGUCUAAUUGCAAUGUACAAGAUUCCUGUUUAUAGCUCUAUGCUGCUUGCUUGGCAGCAUAAACUGUCGGCGUGGAGUAGGUUGUGUGUACAUGGUUCUGUGCUCUCAUAAGAAAACCAAAAGUUCUAUCCCGAAAUGAUAAGCUUGCAGUUGUUUUUCAAUGAUGCUUUAUUAACAUUCUUUCAGCACAAAACACUAAGAAACUAGGACACCAUAACACUUAAUCAAUACAUUUGCUGGCAGUUUGAUUAUGUCAAAUUUUGGGUAAAACAUUUUUACUGAUGAAGCAUAAAAGACAAGAUACUAUCAUUAGCAAAGAAAAACUAAAAAGGGUAAAAAUAUAACAUCAUCAUAUUAUCAACAAUACCAUUCAACCAGAAUGUAGCAGAGCUCCCUGUACCCCAGCUGGGUACCUCCACCAAGGACUGUUUCCUAGCUGGAACAGGGGAAAACCUUAGCGCUUCUGCCCCAGAAGCCAUGGCUUGACUGGGGUCCUCAUGGAGCCUCUCUGUCCUGGAACAGGAUAGGGGAUUAGCUCUAUUCCCUCCCAGAGUCCUGGGAGCUUUUCCCCGCCCAAACCUCCACGAGCCGGAACAAGGUUCUGAGUAGUAAUUAGCUCUUUGCCCUCCCAGUAACUAGACGACACAUAGUUCUGGGAGUACAACUGAUUUUAAUGGGCCAAACUCGGCCUUUUAUGCACAGACCCCAGUGCGGGCUCUCCAUUUUAUUGAACACAAACCUCUCCCAGAAAUCUCUGGGCCUGGGAGAUAAUUGCAUUAAAGAGCGGUGAGCUAAUUAUCGCCCUGGAACAGAGAGCCAAACACAAAAAUAUAAAAACAUAAAAGUACCCCAAAACAUAAAAAAAACAUAAAAUAAUCCCACAAAUAAUACAUCUUUAACCCCUUAAGGACUGAGCCAGUUGUACAAGUUGUGAUCAAUGAACACUGGCCAAACUUAUCGUUCAAAUCUGUUUUUUUGGACAGUCUGUGGUGCAAUUCAGGUCUGGGGAACAGACGGGCCAGUCCAUAGCAUCAAUGCCUUCGUCACACUCCAGCCACAUGAGGUCUAGCAUUGUCUUGCAUUAGGAGGAACCCAGGCCAACCGCACAAGCAUAUGGUCUCACAAGGGGUCUGAGGAUCUCAUCUCUGUACCUAAUAGCAAUCAGGCUACCUCUGGUGAGCACAUGGAGGGCUGUGCGGCCCCCCAAAGAAAUGCCAGCACACACCAUUCCUGACCCACUGCCAAACCGGUCAUGCUGAAGGAUGUUGCAGGUAGCAGAACGUUCUCCACGGCGUCUCCAGAGGCUGUCACGUCUGUCACAUGUGCUCAGUGUGAACCUGCUUUCAUCUGUGAAAAGCACAGGGCGCCAGUGGCGAAUUUGCCAAUCUUGGUGUUCUCUGGCAAAUGCCAAACGUCCAGCACGGUGUUGGGCUGUAAGCACAACCCCCACCUGUGGACAUCGGGCCCUCAUACCACCCUCAUGGAGUCUGUUUCUGACCGUUUGAGCAGACACAUGCAUAUUUGCGGCCUGCUAGAGGUCAUUUUGCAGGGCUCUGGCAGUGCUCCUCCUGUUCCUCCUUGCACAAAGGCUGAGGUUGCGGUCCUGCUGCUGGGUUGUUGCCCUCCUACGGCCUCCUCCAUGUCUCCUGGUAGUGCCUCCAUGCUCUGGACACUACGCUGACAGACACAGCAAACCUUCUUGCCACACCUCACAUUGAUGUGCCAUCCUGGAUGAGCUGAACUACCUGAGCCACUUGUGUGGGUUGUAGAUUCCGUCUCAUGCUACCACUAGAGUGAAACCACCGCCAGCAUUCAAAAGUGACCAAAACAUCAGCCAGAAAGCAUAGCAACUGAGAAGUGGUCUGUGGUCACCACUCCUUUAUUGGGGGUGUCUUGCUAAUUGCCUAUAAUUUCCACCUGUUGUCUAUCCCAUUUGCACAACAACAUGUGAAAUUGAUUGUCACUCAGUGUUGCUUCCUAAGUGGACAGUUUGAUUUCACAAAAGUGUGAUUGACUUGGAGUUACAUUGUAUUGUUUAAGUGUUCCCUUUAUUUUUUUAAGCAGUGUAUAUAUAUAUUUAUAUUUUCAGGUGAUACUCGAAAAAUUAGAAUAUUGUGCAAAAGUUCAUUUAUUUCAGUAAUGCAACGUAAAAGGGGAAACUAAUAUAUGAGAUAGACGCAUUACAUGCAAAGCAAGAUAGUUCAAGCCGUGAUUUGUCAUAAGUGUGAUGAUUAUGGCUUACAACUCAUGAAAAACCCAAAUCCCCAAUCUCAGUAUAUUAGAAUAUUGUGGAAAGGUGCAAUAUUCUAGGCUCACAGUGUCCCACUCUAAUCAGCUAAGUAAACCAUAACACCCGCAAAGGGUUUCUGAGCCUUUAAAUCAGGCUUCCCCAAACUCCGGCCCUCCAGAUGUUGCUGAACUACAACUCCCACGAUUCUCCGCCUAUUUGAUUCAUAGAAUCAUGGGAGCAACAUCUGAAUGGCCGGAGUUUGGGGAAACCUGCUUUAAAUGGUCUCUCAGUCUGGUUCAGUAGGAAUCACAAUCAUGGGGAAGACUGCUGACCUGAAAGUUGUGCAGAAAACCAUCACUGACACCUUCCAUAAGGAGGGAAAGCCUCAAAAGGUAAUUGCGAAGGAAGUUGGAUGUUCCCAAAGAGCUGUAUCAAAGCACAUUAAUAGAAAGUUAUGUGGAAGGGAAAAGUGUGGAAGAAAAAGGUGCACAAGCAGUAGGGAUGACCGCAGCCUGGAGAGGAUUAUCAGGGAAAGGCCAUUCAAAUGUGUUGGGGACUUUCACACUGAGUAGACUGAGGCUAGAGUCAGUGCAUCAAGAGCCAUCUGCUGGUGUUGGUCCACUGUGGUUCAUUAAGUCCAGGGUCAACGCAGCCAUCUACCAGGAGAUUUUGGAGCAUUUCAUGCUUCCUUCCGCAGACGAGCUUUAUGGGGAUGCUGACAUUUUCCAACAGGACUUGGCACCUGCCCACACUGCCAAAAGCACCAAAGCCUGGUUCAAUGACCGUGGGAUUACUGUGCUUGAUUGGUCAGCAAACUCACCUGACCUGAACCCCUUAGAGAAUCUUUGGGGCAUUGCCGAGAGAAAUAUGAGAGACAUGAGACCGAACAAUGCAGAAGAGUUGAAGGCCGCUGUUGAAGCAUCCUGGUCUUCCAUAGCACCUCAGCAGUGCCACAGGCUGAUAGCUUCCAUGCCAUGCCGCAUUGAAGCAGUAAUUACUGCAAAAGGGGCCCAAACCAAGUACUGAGUCCAUAUGCAUGCUUAUACUUUUCAGAGGUCCGAUAUUGUACUAUGUACACUCAUUGUUUUAUUGAUUGCAUGUAAUAUUCUAAUUUACUGAGAUUGUGGAUUUGGGGUUUUCAUGAGCUGUAAGCCAUAAUCAUCGCAUGGAUCAACUAGUAAUCCUGACAUUACAACAUGGCCAUAGAUCCUGUAGAAUUUUGUCAGCACAUAGCUGCUUGCGAGAGAAAGCUAGUGGAGAAUGAUCACCGUAUGAAUCAGUUUGCCCAGACUUUCAGUACGCUCCUUACUCGAACAGUGCAUCUGCAACCUGCGGUUUCUCCAAACGUGUCACCUCCGCCUAAUGUACCUCCUGUAGUACAUAAGGCACCUACUAUCUCCCUAUCUCCUCCCCUGCAUUUUGAUGGUAAUAUUCAAGAAUGCCGGGGAUUUAUUAAUCAAAUUGAGUAUCAUUUUGAGGCCUCACUGGGAUCUUUUCCCACUGACAGAGCUAAAAUUGGUUACCUGAUGAACCAACUUAAAGGUAAAGCUUUAGCUUGGGCUAAUCCGUUAUGGGAGAGUAGUAGGAGCAUUGGACACAAUUACCAGGAAUUCCUUGUGGAAUUUAAACUUACGUUUGAACCAUUAGGCAGGGAGGAUGACGCCUCCACUGCCCUAAUGCAUAUUAGACAAGGGAACCGGUCUAUCUUGGAUUAUGCCAUAGAAUUUCGCACCUUGGCUUCCAAGGUAGACUGGACUAUCAGCGGAUUAAUCUCAGCAUUUAAAAAGGGAUUAUCUGAGACUAUGUUGGAUGAGAUUGCUGCCAAAGAACUACCCAAAAAACUCAAUGACUUUAUUAUGUUUAUUAUGCUAAUUGAUAAUGGACUCAGAACCAAAAAUAAAACCAGACAUAUGGCUUUGCCAUUAGCACCUCAUUUCUCCAGACCGGUUGUUCCUGACCUCUCUGUACAGUCCGAACCCGAACCUAUGCAGUUGGGGGUCACUAGACUGUCCGAGGCAGAAAGACAACAUCGGAGAAGAGAGAGGGUCCAUGCAUAUAUUGUGGUGAAAAGGGACAUAUGAGGAGUACUUGUCCCAUAAGUCCAGAAAACUAUCGCACCUAAGAACCUUAAGGGGAUAGGUCUUAGGUGUAAUGGAUACGUCCUCUGGGAAUAACAAUAAUAGAUUUCUCCUUGAUAUUACGAUCAUAGUUGACAAAAAGAACUUUUCAUGCAAGGCCCUGAUGGACUCAGGUGCAGCAGGAAAUUUAAUUGAUGUUCAUUUUGUUAAAAAGAAUGCUAUACCUAUCAAGGAGAGAAUAUCACCUCUGGCCGUUGAGGCUAUUGACGGGAGACCACUCUCUCAACCCUUAAUUAUCCAUGAAACCUUGCCCAUUAACAUGUCAAUUGGUGCCUUACAUAAGGAAGAUAUAAUAUUUCAAGUUAUUGCAUCUCCUUCUUGCCCUAUCAUAUUAGGCUUUCCUUGGCUUAGUAAGCACAACCCUCAUAUUGACUGGGCUAAUGGGGAAAUAUUGGAAUGGGGCAAGUAUUGUAAUGGGAAGUGUAUGUUACACCUCACCAAGAGAGUGGGUACCAAAAAUUACCCACUACUACACCUCAAACCCCCGAAGUUCCCAUACAAUACUGGGAGGUAAAGGAAGUAUUUAGUAAGAGUCAGAAUGCUGAAAUUAGUUCCAUAGCGGUUGCGGCCUUGUACCGCUGAGGACUAUUCGUGGGUUUGGUUCAUGAGAAUGGCCACCAGAGAGCUAGCAUUCGGUUCCAUUCGCAUAAAGGGAAAGUGCUGAACCAGGGGCAGCCAGGGAAAGUUGCUAAUGGAGGCUGGGCAGGGUAACUUCUAAACGGUGUCCCAGAACUGGGCCAUAGUCGGUGGGCAGGAGGCCGGCUUCCACACUCCUCCAAGAGUCCAUGGCAAACGUUUAUGGGAAGGAGCGUUUGUCAUACAGAAUUUAUAAGACUGAAGAAACCAAGCACAAACAAGGAAAAUGGGUCAUAAGAUCUGGAGUGCCAAAAGUUGCCUACCCCUGGCAUAGGCUGAUGAUGUACUUUUAUAGUUUCAUGUAGCAGAUUAUGAUAUAUGCUGGUUAGUUUGAUGAAACCUGAGUACAGAAUAUUAGUUAGUCCUAUUGAUGAUUGUGACUUUUGAAUGGUGACUUAUCAAGAUAAAUGAUUGCUCAACCAACAUCAAUUGAUUAUUUCAGCCACCAAUUAACAUAAACUCAGUAAAGUAAAACAAUAUUUCUGUUAAAAUCUACAAGUGACUUAAGCCAUGACUUCAUGUUACGAAUUUUGAGUUGAUAUAAUUGAUCAAGGCCUUUACUGUAAUUUGAAUAUCUUUAUGCAUAUAUGUGUACAAUUUAAAUCAUUUUUACUUUACUAUUAAUAAGAAAGGUUUGAAAUCAAGUAUAAUUUUUUUUCAGGCUGCAAAUGAACAUUAUUGUUAAUGGCCAACCUUCCUGAUGUUCUCGUUUAUGGGAUUUCUGUGGUUGGUCCUUUCUCUUAUUCUCUCCCUCAUUUCGGGCUUCAGUCUCAUGUCACCAGCCUGGUUUACACAUGGUGAUGUUUCAUUUGGCGUCUUUGUCCAGUGUCGUGGACCAGUCAAUGCUCCAUGCAACCAGACAUGCAUUGUUUACAGGACCUUGGAAGAAAUUCCUGAUCUAUUCUCAAAGGUAUCCAUCCAGAUGAAUCGGUGCACACAUAGAAAUGUUUUAAACUGUAUUAGCACGUGUUCCAUUAUACAUGCCCUGCAAAGUAUUUUUGGGAGAAAUAACUGGAUCAGAUAACUGUAAGCAGUAGUAGCCUUAAACACAGUGUGGCUUAUGGUGUGAUGAGAUCUUAUUCAUUUUAUGAGAUUUGUGAUUUAAAAUUUCCUUGAACAAUGUUUAAAUGUUUGUUUUUUGUCAAUCUGAGCAUUGUUUAAAUAUUUCACGUGUACCCCGAUUUCUAUUUGUGCAUGUUUAUAAACUUUGGUUAUUUCAGAACCAUUACCAUAAAAUAACGGAUGGCUAUGCUGUGUUCCCAAGUAUAUAUAUAAAAGAACUUAAAUGGGUUCAGGCUUUAAAAAAAAAUAAAAAAUUAUAAUGACUGCCCAAGCACAUAAUCUGCCAUUAAGAAAUGAAUAUGACACAGUUAUGUUUCUUAGAUUACAGCCAUUAUACUUUUUGCUGGUUGGCUGAUACUGAGUUUUGGAGCUUUGUUGGUUUUGUCGUGGACCAUCAUACCUGCAGGACUAUGCCAAAGGAGGUUGUGCACCCCAGCAAGAUAUGCCCAGACUGCAGCAGGUACAGACUUUGCUUAAUGCUGUUAUGUACUUAUGAUAAAUGUGAGAAAAUCUAUUGACAGGAAGAUAUUUGAGAAAGCAGUGAGGAAUAGACUCAAAAAUUUUUUUACCUGCUUGUGGAAAAUCCACUAUAUUCUAUGUUUUUGCUUCUCAUAAAUAGUUUGUUUUAAUAAAAUAACUAUUAUUGCUCAAACCUUCAUUGUACAUGGUCUCAGCAGGGUUUCAGUUGGAUAAAACUAUCAUUAAGACUAAAAUCUGUGAUACGUGAUUAAACAACAUGUCGAAACGCUGUAGUAGUGCUGACCUUGACUAUGUUUUAGUAAAAUAAUUAUUUUUAUUUGCAUCCGUAUCACUGGCUCAUCCUUAUUAUUUUAGUGGUCAGAGUAGUCUCAUUCAAACAUUCAAUUCAUCUCUUUGAGGAGAUGCUGAUUGGCCAGGGCGGUGUUUGAAUCAUGCUGGCUCUGCCCCUGAUCUGCCUCCUUGUCAGCCUCAGCCAAUCCUAUGGGGAAGCAUUGUGAUUGGAUCAGGCUACCACUUCUGAUGAUGUCAGCAGACAACUUGUUUUUCUGAGGCAAACAGCAUGUAGGCUUCAGCUUCAGGCUUGAAUACAGUAAGAUUUUGCUAUAUUUAUGGAGGCAUGAAGGGCUCAGGGGGGCUAGAUGGUGGUUUUAACACUAUAAGGUCAGGAAUACAUGUUUGUCUUCCUGACCCUAUAGUGAUCCUUUAAGGGUUUAAAAGUUGUGGCAAAUGGAGAUAUAUAUAAAAAAAAGCACAAAUAGAGUGAUUUUAUCAACUGGAUGACUAAGUCCUUUUUCUUUUUCUGCUUUAUAGUUGUUGUCACCAUCCUAGGGUUGCUGAUCUUCCCAUUCAGUCUCGGUUCUCCAUUUGCUAAACAGAUCUGCAUCUCAUCCUUUAUUUACAUGAGUGGAAAGUGUUUCCUCGGUUGGGGUUAUAUGAUGGCUAUCAUUACGGUGCUGCUCUCCUGCUUCCUUCCCAUCAUUGGACGGUACAAUCUAAAUGAGAUCAAGAUACUGAGGUCAAAGAUUACAAGGAGUAUGGUGUGAACGUGACAGUAUAUUGCGAAUCAAUUAACGUUCCGGCAGCAUAUGGAUACAGGAUAUUAUUGUCACAUCAACCAUGUGUAACUCAACAUACAGCCUUAUCAAAUUCCAUCAAUGGGUGGGUUAUUUUAUGGGCAUGGAUCUUUCAUCAAUAAGUACUUUACAUUGAAAUGUAGAACCUGCGGACAGAUUGAAUGGGUGUGAUGAAUUUCAUAGUAACAUAUUUCUUGCCAUUCACUAGUAAUUUAAUUUUAAUGUAACGGAAAACUACAAAUACAGAAAAGCAUUUUCCCCAAGAAUUGUUCUGUUCCCAAAUAAAUAGCUCAAAGAACAUAAGCAUCAAGGGGAAAUACUUAGCAGUCACUGUCCCGUACUUGAAUGGAGUCUAAUCUUUGUUGUUAAAUGCCUAUCAAAGAGUUGUCUUGGAAUUUACUGACGUACCAUUUUAACUACAAAGUGACUUCUCAAACCAGUAAUUAGGCAAGGUGCAAAAUAAUGCCUUCCAUCAUCCUUGAUGUGCAGUCUAAUAUUUAAUGAACUACAGUCCAUAAAGCCCCACUUAGCCUUCUUUAUACUCCAGAAAGAAUUUUCACUCAGGAGAAAAACAAAUGUAUCUGCCAGGGCUCCAUUUAAUUCCCUGUCUUCACACAGUAACGAAACGUCAAAGAAGAAAACAUUGCUGCAUUCUAACAGCAUACUUACCAACUUUCCAAAUGCCUAAAGAAAGUACAUUUCAAAGUGCAUCUGUCUUUUUUUUUUUGCAUGCUUUGGAAAGGAACCCCCAAAAUUAACUGAGGGGUGCCGAUUUAAAUGGCCAAAGGGUGCAAUGGAAAGCCCGUUUUACCUACCUUAAGCAUGCAGCUGCCUCCAUCUUCCACUUGGUCUUCUUUAGCUACUGGCUUCCUUUGCCUGGAGCUGCAUCAGUGAUCUACAGUCGUGCAUGCGCAAAAGUACAACACUGAGAUCCCACAAAAGCCUACAUAGAUGAUGUCUUGAUGAGCAAUAUCAUGAAUGAAUCCCAUGACCGAUACUUGUGAUGACAGCUGGGACUGGACAAAAGUUGACAGUGGAGUUAGUCCAUAAUUAAUCUUAUUGUAUCUUUGGUGCUUUGUUGGAAUUUAAGAACAAUUCUAACACAGUCAGCAUCAGUAUUUCAUAAUGAAUAUAUCUUUAUGAAAUGCUGAAAAAGUAGAGAGCCACUUUAAUUUUAAGGGGUUGUUUGGAGGUGUGGCCAUGGUCUGGGCUAGUAGGGAACAUUUUAGGUGAGUUUUGUAAUCUACCUCUGAAAGCACCCUAAUGCAAUUUUAAGAGACUAAGCCUGUCACUUUAUGUCAAUAUUUAGGUAAUUUUGUGAACUACCUCUGAAAGCUCCUUCAUUAAUUUUAAGAGAGAACGCCUGUGCAACGACUGCAGACAGGCAUGUAAAAACAUAGGGCUAUAACACAAAGUAACUUGAUCAGCAAUUCCAGUCAGGAUAUACUAUGACUCAACACACAGUGUUUAAGUAAAACUAUAUAUAAACGCUUAGAAAUAUACGUAUUACCAGGCCUGUGUGCAAAUAUAAAAUAGUCAGAGACAAGCCAAGGUUGGGAUUCAGGAAGAGACAGAAGCGAGUAGACAGGCUAAUAGCUCAAGGAUGCCAGAAAUAAAGAAGUCAAUAACAACUGGUUCAUAAAUGCCGAAUAGAAAUACAAGAUAAAUGCACUCUCUGAUUACCAGUAAGUGGAAACCAUGACAGGGCACUGAUAAAAACCUAAAACUUAUUUAAAUAGCCCUAAAAUGGCAGGGAUUAGCUAGAAUUGACCUUGUGAUUUUAAAAAGUAUGUCCGUGUCAAUGAAGCGAUGACGCAUGCACAUUUGUGUCAAUCAUGUCAGCUGAGGAGGUGGAGCUAUAAACAUGCUCCAUCAGGAGAUGGCCAUAGAAUGUCACAUCGACACCCAACUCCAUAGUAGGUGGACCGGAUCUGCCACAUCUGCAAGGUAGGGUGCCUUCUGUGGUUGUAGUUGGACUGAUUGGAAACAGUCAUGUGAUUUCGCCUCUUUGAUGUCUACAUGAAUAAACACAGCUGACAAUGCACCACGUGGGUUUCUUGGAUGUGCUCACACUACUGUAAAUGAGAGAUACACUGUAUAUCCAUUUCACUUAAUUGAAUUGGUUAUAAUGCCAAUAAUGCCUGGUGCUGCCUCUCCGUUCAACGUUUAACUAUUUCUGAGCAGCCUAACACUAAAUAUGGGUCCAAGGCCUCUCCACUGGAGGUAUGGCUAAAGCAGAGAUUACACAAUUGCUUCUAGCCAUACCAAUUCAUACCAGUAGUAGGUGUUGUGAAAGGCUGAAGGAGUCAGCUUACACUCUCAGGCAAUCAUAGUCACCCAAUGCUGCUCAGGAUAAUGCUUCCACAGUAGCCCAAGCAGCAUUAAACUAUUAAAAAUGGUUUAACACUGAAUGGAAGGACAGUGCCAUGGGAGUCCAGGCACUAUACCCACUUCAAUUAGAAGAAGCUAUUCCAGUGCAUAAAUUUCCCUUUAAUGGGAGUACCAAGUCUGGCUAAGUGGUUUAAGCUAUUUCCUGGUCUGUUAAUAAAUUAUUACAAAAAAUGCAAACCAUUUGUUAACAAAGGUAGGUAUUUCAAACUGGAGUAUCACUUUUAUUUACUUUAAUGCAUUAUCUAUUUGAUGCAGUAAAAAUGUGAGUAAUAUCUAUCCCUUGUAAAUAUUGUUGAGAGAUGGAAGAGUUGCAUGGAUUCAUUUCUUGAGCACUGACUGUGGAUGCAUGGCAAUGUUUAAUACCCAACUGUACUGGUUGUAUUGAAAGAAACUAUAGCUCUAGUAUCGUUUCUCUUGUGUGAGUAAUACAGGUUUAUUCACUAAUGAGAGAAUUGCUGAGAAUAGUGAAUUAAUCUCCAAAUUAGAAAUAAUCCAAGUCCAGAUUUCAUUUCUACUAUUCUUGCCUAAUGUUUGAAAUUCACUUUCAAUUCCCAACAAUUCUCACUUUAGUAAAUAAUCCUGUUUGAUCAAUGCACUGUAGUUAGUAAGAUAUGAUAUCCUGCCAUCCAUUCAAACAACUAGCAAUAUCAUAAACAUGUUUUUUAAAAAUGGUCAAAUAUUACAGCAAAUUAAAGUGUUUUAUAAAUUGAUGAUGUAACUGUAUGUAGACAUUAUGCUGAAAUACAGAGAUUUUUACAAUCUGCCAUUUCUUAUAAAGCUGUAUUUCUAACAAUGCCAUGAGGAUUCUUAGAAAUACCUAGAAAGGGCAUUUGACAAUUUUUUAUUAAACUAUUUUUGUU